UUGUCGUGGCAACCUAGUUUAAUGGCGGCGCCCACAAAGUUGUUAUGGCAGCACGCGAGGUUGGUUUUGUUUCGACCGAAGAAGCGGCUGCGAAGUUAAAGCUCACAAAGUCAGAGAGAAAAGCUCGUCGAAAAGUGGCGAGAUGUGCCCGGAUCAUCCGCGAGAACACCGGCGUCGACGUGUGCGACUAUCCGACGAGGUUUCUAGUGCUCAACAACUGUGGAAUGGUUUGCGGUGGGAGCUACGAGGCCAUCUACAGCGACCUUCACUGCUACGGCAGCAUACAAGACAUCUUGCUCAUUCCCGGUCAACCGUUCGCCGUAGUGGUAUUCGAGGAUGUCGACUCUAGCGCGGCCGCGGCUUCUUAUCUGAGCAGCAACGUGCCAACGUUCGCUAAAGACCCCGUGUUUCCUGCAUUCAUUGAACGAGCGCCAAGCAUCAGAGGAAAUGCGUGUAGCAACCUGUUUGAUGACAGACAACUGCCGGAGGGAUUGAAGCUUAUUGAAGAUGCCGUCACCGAGAACGAAGCCACCGACCUAGCACAGCUGAUCACGUGGGGUGACCCAGAAGAGUCACAAGCUCUUCGUCAGCGGGAAGUGCGUCAUUUUGGCUAUGCCUUCGACUACAGUCUACAGGGAGUACAGAAAGAUGCACCACUGUCCGAAAGCAUUCCCAACGAAUGCGCGCCGUUCUUGGGCCGGCUUGUCGCUGCCGGUCGCUUGGACAGACUUCCUGACCAGCUGACUGUGACCCGCUACCUCCCUGGACAGGGAAUCCCUCCACAUGUCGACAGCCACGAAUCCUUUGACAACGACAUCGUGCUGCUUAGCUUGGGCUCUUCAGUUGUGAUGAACUUCCGGCACCCCGACGGCCGCCAAGUGGCGCAAGUUCUACCUCCUCGCAGUGCGCUGAUUCUGUCUGGCGACAGCCGCUACGUCUGGUCUCACGGUAUCGCGUCGCGCAAGUUUGACGUCGUUCCAAGAUCCGGUGGCCCGGACAACGGCAUAACCCUUUCUCAGCGCAGCGUCCGGAUCUCGUACACGUUCAGGCACAUACGAAGAGGGAGCUGCAAAUGUGGAAACGCCUUGCUGUGCGAUUCUCAUCGUUUUGGAAACCAAGACAAUGCAACUGCUCUGAGGCUAGAAACGGAGCAUGUCUACAAGGUGUAUGAAAACAUAGCGGAGCAGUUCAGCGACACCAGGUAUAAACAGUGGCCCAAAGUUGCCGAGUUCCUGGAUUCAUUGGAACAGGGCUCACUUUUGCUCGACGCUGGAUGUGGCAAUGGCAAGUACCUCAUAGGUCACGACAAGCUGCUCAAGCUUGGUUUCGACCGCAGCCAACGGCUCUGCGACAUUUGUCAGCAUCGUGGACUCGAAGUUCUUCAAGCUGAUGUGCUGCAGAUGCCAUUUAGAAGGGGCGUCUUUGAUGCCUGCAUCAGCAUAGCUGUUCUGCAUCAUCUAUCUACCAUUGAGCGUCGAGAGGCGGCGGUGCACGAAAUCCUACGCGUGCUGCGGCCUGGUGGACGUGCGCUUGUCUACGUCUGGGCCUUGGAGCAGAACAACCCCGGUGGCGACGAAGAAGGCGCACUGUCAAAAUAUCUGAACCCCAACAAAGCUGCUGCCAACUGUGAAACUUAUGUCGAGUCUCCGGAAACGUCAGCAUUGCCCGUGCACUGCAAUCGAACUCAGUUUCAGGCCCGGGACAUGCUGGUGCCUUGGCAUUCCAAGAAUACGCAAGAGACCCACUACAGGUAUUACCACUUGUUCCAGCGUGGAGAACUUCGAGAGUUGCUUGAAAGCGUGGCUCCAGGCUGUGUUGAAACUGAAUAUCACGAUCAGGGCAACUGGUGCGCGGUGAUCGUCAAACAAGGCUCGGUUAGAGACAAAGUCAGUGUUGCCAGCUGAUGCACGGAAACGACGAAGUGUGUCCAUAAAAACCACAGGUUUUCGAAACGUUGUUUGUUUGGUUGCUCGAACUUUGAACACUGAUGUCAACUUCUCUAUUCUAUUGUGUGGGUACAAAGCCACACUUGCAAGGUGUCCAGCUUAGCAACCUAAACAUCUUAUUGUUGAAGAAGUUGCGCGACAAUACAUUUGAACACCGAGAUGGAAAAAAGUGACCAUCUGUCCUCUAGUUUCCGCCAUGCACCCGGCGGCCUGAAGACACAAACAGCAACGUGUGGGGCUUAAGAACUUUUUUUUUUUUCGUUUUAUUUCUGGCUACAUUUUGACAAAACUGCUAGGUGUACCAACGGUAGGAAAUUGUUUUCUUGGCGCCGAGCACAUGCUCGUCACAGGUCAUUGAAAAUGGUUUUGUUCGGCUGGCCAAUAAAAAAAAAAAUGUCUUUGUGGCCUCGGAGAAAGAAUGAAAAGGUUCUACUGUCGACGACAUCAGCAUCGGUUCACAGUUCAUUGGCAGCAAUUUUCAGCGUUGGCAUGAACAUAAUGCACAACACCUAUGUCAUGGGUUCACUUAAAAAAAAAAAAUGACAGGUAACAGCCAAACUCAAGUUGAUAGAGGAGUAAUGUAAGCUUCUACCUACAACUGCCAUUGAUGUUAAUUCCCAAAAAUAAAACACUGAUCUCCCUGAACAAGUCAAGCAAAAAUGCAACUACGGUGAGCAAGCAGAGUUUGUAACAAACGUCCAAUCUGCUACAAAACAAUUUUUUUUUGUCACCAUGGUUGCACGUGUCCCAUGUAUGGUAAUUAAUGCUUUGCCCACUCAAUAAGCACAAAAUCAAAACUUAGUUCUGAUAAGAAAAUUCCUAUAAGAUUUAAAACUCAAAUGCUGCAACAAAAAUAGCUGAAGUCUUUUCAGUAAUAAGAGCACAGCUUCUUCAAAGCUUAGAGACCAUAACAUACUUAACAUUUGUAAACAAGAACACAGUGGUAAAAAAAAAAAUACAAACUGUACACUUUUACAGCGAGUGCAAUCAAUAGCUUUAAGACUACAAUAUAAUUUCUGGAAAGCUUUCCCUUAAAUAGUUACACAGAUGAGCCUUAAGCAUUCUGCCUGUGAAGCAAGGCCUUGUGGGCAGUCAGUCACACAGAAAAAAAAGGAAAUCAAGAAAGAAAAAGUCGUUACACAGAGGUAGCCAAGCAGAACCCAUUGUGCUAACAAGCAGGGGAUGACAAGAUUUUCGUUUUCGUCAAUGGAAACUGGCGGGAAAAUGGCUACAGCGCUGAGUCUAUCGCUAUCUUCAAAGCACCUGAAGCCAACACGUCGGCAUGGAAUGCCAAGCUACGCGUUGAUUAUUAUUGUAUUUUUUCUUCUCUUCCAUGCGUCUGAGGCAGAGUGAUG